UCCGAAUCGCAGCUGGCUCAAGCAUAACGACGAUGUUCAUCAACCUGAUGAUGUUUUGGCUCAUGUGCGUGGAAGGCUUCAUCUGCAUCCUUCUGUGCAUUCCAUUCUUCAAGCAUGCGACCCAAGCCGUGGUAAACUUUCUCUCCUCGAACGUGUUUACUGCCACAUCCCAUCUCACAACCGUCGGAUACGGCAUCCUUGCCCUUGUUGGCGUUAUGUUUCUUGCGAACUUGCAAACGACAUACAACCAUCACAUGUCGGACGAAGCUGUGAGCGACGGGUUCCGCAUUCGGUUGCUUGCGGCCCAACGGGACAUGUACAUUUCCGGGAUUUGCUUGUUCUUGAACCUCCUGCUGCAAAUGCUGUACUCGAGCAUGGUGGUUAACAUCAAGCUCGAGAAGAGCUUGGGGGCCAUGGAAAAACAAGCCAAGGGUGCAAGCUCCAGCUACACGAAUCUGCUGGAAGAACAUGAGAUCUUGCAAAAGCAGUUGAAAAAGCUGGUCGGGUUGGAUGGAACGACCGACUUGACCUCGUUGGAGAAGCUGCUCAAGGAGAACGCCGCGUACGAGACGGAGGUCGCGUCGCUCAAGAAGUCUGUGGCGGCGAGUGACGCGGCAAUCGCGCAGGUGAAGAAGCAGGCGGACAGUCAAAGCGCCGCGUACUUGAAGCUGCUGGACGAAACUACAGCUAAAGGCGACCAGGCGCAGGAGAUCAAGGACCUCCAUGCCCAAGUCGUGGACUUGAAGCAAACCGUCAACGACUUAACCAAAGAUCGCGACUCGUUGAAGACCCAAAUCCAAGAUUACGACUUCAUGUUUGCCGAAGCCAAGAAAAAGGCUGAAUAGGAAGGAAGGAAUGCCGUAAGAACGUGAAAAUCCCCUCUUGACUUUGCAUGGAUAUGGGACCGAGAACUGUAUUUGGUGUACUACACAGCGAGCGCUCGGGGGGUCUACCGGUGGAA